AUGGCAUUUGGUAAAGAUACGUUAUUCCGAUUAGUUGGUAAUGGAAAGAUUAAAGAAGAUCGAUCAAAAACAUGGUAUACACCACCAAAUAAACCACCACCGGCUUAUUAUCGGAUUCACACAGGGCAAGCUGAUAAGAAGAUUUAUGACAUCGAAUAUUGGUUAUUUUAUCCUUAUAAUGGUCCAACUAAUUUUGGAUUAACCCCUCACGAAGGAGAUUGGGAACAAGCCACCGUAAGAGUUUAUGUUGAUGAAAAUGCAAAGGAUGAUGAACCGAAAUCCCAGGUGUUGGGAGUUUGGAUGUCCGCUCAUUCGGAAGGAAGUUGUGCGAUUAAUACUCAUGCAAAUUAUGGCAUUGGAUCAGGACCCAUCACUCCAAUUGAAGCUGGAAAUAUUAAUGAUCCUGCUCAAUGGAAAUCCCAAAAGUUCCCAUUUGAUCCCAUUCCAAAAUAA